AUGAUGCAGUCAGGUAAUGAGUUGUUGAUGCUUCAAAGGGGUGUGAUCUUGGAUGAACAAGGCUAUGGUCGCUGGAAGGUGCGCAUGGUUCAGCUGAUCCGAAAUCUAGGUGAGGAUGCUUGGACAGCAGUGGAAGAAGGAUGGGAACCUCCCUAUGAGAAAACCGAAGCUGGUGACAAGAUCACUAAACCUAAGGCACGCUGGACGGUAGAAGAAAAGAAUUUGUCUAAAUAUAAUGCUAGGGCACUUAAUGCAAUAUUUGGUGCUAUUGAUGAUGAUGACUUUAAGCUUGUUCAAGGUUGUGGAUCAGCUAAAGAUGCUUGGGACAUUCUGCAGAAGACCCAUGAAGGAAACUCAAGUGUCAAAAGAACGAGAUUAGACCAACUUGCAUCACAAUUUGAAGUCUUAAGGAUGGAUCCAGAAGAGACAAUUUCUCAGUUCAGUGCAAAAUUGAUGGAAGAAGGAUGGGAACCUCCCUAUGAGAAAACCGAAGCUGGUGACAAGAUUACUAAACCUAAGGCACGCUGGACGGUAGAAGAAAAGAAUUUGUCUAAAUAUAAUGCUAGGGCACUUAAUGCAAUAUUUGGUGCUAUUGAUGAUGAUGACUUUAAGCUUGUUCAAGGUUGUGAAUCAGCUAAAGAUGCUUGGGACAUUCUGCAUAAGACCCAUGAAAAAAACUCAAGUGUCAAAAGAACGAGAUUAGACCAACUUGCAUCACAAUUUGAAGUCUUAAGGAUGGAUCCAAAAGAGACAAUUUCUCAGUUCAAUGCAAAAUUGAGUGCUAUUGCUAAUGAAGCAAAGAAUCUUGGUAAGACCUAUAAGGAUACCAAGCUGGUUAAGAAGUUGCUUAAAUGUCUACCUUCUAAGUAUGCAGCUCAUAAAGCAGUCAUGAGAGUAUCUGGCAACACAGACACCUUGAAGUUUGAGGAUCUCAUUGGUAUGCUAAAAUCAGAGGAGAUGGAAGUUGCUGAAGAACUGAGAAUUCAUGGUAAAGGAAUUGCAUUCAAGGCAGAUGACAUGAGUGAUCAGUUGCAAGAGAUAAAAGAUAACAUGUCCUUGAUGGCAAGAAACUUUGGAAAAGCUCUCAAACGUGUUGAAAAAGGACAGGGACGAGAAUUAGCUUGCUGGAAUCGAAGUGCUACAGAGAGGUCUUGUUCUAGGCCAAAUAUAUCUGAAAAAGAAAAAGCUAAUCCGAGAAAAGAGAUUCAGUGUUUUGAAUGUGGUGGUUUUGGUCAUUAUAAACCUGAGUGUCCAAUGGUUAAGCGCAAAGAGAUGAAGUGCUUUGAAUGUAAAGGGAUUGGACACUUAAAAUCUGAAUGCCCAAACAUGGUGAAAGGAAAUAAUAAGGCAUAUGUUAGCUUUAGUGAUUCAGAAUCAGAGAGUGAUGGGGAUGAAGAAGAAGGAAGAAUGUUGAAUCUUUUUGCAUACAGUGCUAAAAGUGAUGAUGUACUUGCUGAGAGCUCAGAUGAUGAUGAUGAUGAGUCAAUUUCAAAAGAGAGCUAUUGUGUACUCUAUGACAAUUGGGUUCAGUUGUGUAAUGAAAAGAUGUUACUUGUCAAGGAAAAACUAAAAUUAGAAGCCAAAGUUAAUAUGCUGGAAGAAAAGAAGCCUGGAAAAUUGAUUGGUGAGGAACUACUCCCUGCUGAAAGGAGUUGCUUGAGAGAAAACUGA